CGCCUGUCUCGCUCGCAGCCCCCCUGAGCCGGCGCGGCGGGGGACUAUGAAGCACCAUGGGGUGGUGUGACCGUGGGGUCCAGAUGCUGCUGACCACGGUGGGCGCCUUCGCCGCCUUCAGCCUCAUGACCAUCGCCAUCGGCACCGACUACUGGCUCUACUCGAGCGCGCACAUCUGCAACGGGACCAACCUGAGCAUGGAGGAGCCGCAGAGCCAGCCCCGCAAGGCGAAGGGGGACCUCACGCACUCGGGGCUCUGGAGGGUCUGCUGUCUGGAAGGAAUCUACAAGGGACAUUGCUUCCGAAUCAACCACUUCCCUGAGGACAAUGACUAUGACCAUGACAGCUCAGAAUACCUUCUCCGUAUUGUCCGGGCCUCCAGCGUAUUCCCCAUCCUAAGCACAAUAUUGCUGUUGCUGGGAGGACUCUGUGUGGGGGCAGGAAGGAUUUACAACAGCAAAAACAACAUUAUCCUCAGCGCUGGGAUUCUGUUUGUUGCAGCAGGAUUGAGUAAUAUCAUUGGGAUCAUUGUCUAUAUAUCCAGCAAUGCCGGUGACCCAAGUGACAAGAGAGAUGAGGACAAAAAGAACCAUUACAACUAUGGCUGGUCUUUUUACUUUGGAGCUUUGUCUUUUAUUGUGGCAGAGUCCAUAGGAGUACUGGCAGUGAAUAUUUACAUUGAGAAGAAUAAAGAGCUGAGAUUUAAAACCAAGAGGGAAUUCCUUAAGACUUCUUCCUCUUCCCCUUAUGCCAGGAUGCCAAGCUAUAGGUACAGGAGGAGGAGAUCCAGAUCCAGCUCUCGCUCUACAGAGCCUUCUCCAUCCAGGGACAUUUCUCCAGUGGGCAUGAGGAUUGCCAGUUCCAUCCCUAUGAAUGAGAUUUCCAUGUACACUCUGUCCAGAGAGCCCUUGAAAGUGACCACAGCAGCCAGUUACAAUGCAGAUCAAGAAGCCAGCUUUCUGCAGGUCCACAACUUUCUUCAGAAAGAAUUUAAAGAAGGACUCCACAUCAAUAUGGUUAACAGGAGAACGACACCUGUUUGAAGGGUUUGCUUUCUCUCGCUCUCUCUUUAAGUGUCAAAAUGGAAUGGAUCCUUCAGAAAAGAGAAGGAAACCAUGCAAAAUCCUUCUCAAAACAGGACAUGCACUGCAGUAGCCAUGGAGACCUUGGAAUACUGAAAUGGCCUAAAGAUAGUGCACAUUUCCGAGCUGUUUUCAAAGUGAUUUGGAUUUUGUUUCAUUAAAGUUCCCGAUGUUUCAAGAAAACCAAAGCUGAUCACCUCCCUGCAGUGUUGUAAUGUAUCCAACAUGCCAGGGAAACUGGAAACUCCCAGGGUAUUUUGAAGAAUGACAGAAGAAUUGCAGGGCGAUUUUUUUUUAAUAAAGUCCCUUCAAUAAUUAUAAAUCAUGGCCAAGCCCAAAGUCCAUCACAAACAGGGCCUAUUGCAGCUCUUCAAAAUGAUGAUCCAGUUUCCUUUGACACAGGAAAAAAGGAAGCCAAGGGUCUGUCUCAGAAGCAACUGCCUCCUCGAGAAAAUAAAAUCUAGAAGGCAAAACUAUUUGCAGUCAGUGUGUGCUACUGAACUGUUGCAUACCAAUGGACUGCAUGUUGCAGCAUUCUACAGUGGGCAAGGUGCCGCCACUGUUAGGUCCUUGUGCAAUAGAACCAAGGAGUUGAUGGAGGGAAUGCAGAUGAAGGAGUGAGAACGGGUGUGGAUACAUUCAACAAUAUUGAAAUGGUGCAGAAUUAAAGCAGAAACUGCUCAAACUGCCUAGUGCCCGAUCCUAUAAGGUGCUGAGUGUGUCCUGCAUGGACAGGGUGCAGUGCACCUCUCAGGAUCAGUCUCCUAUACAUGAGGUGUUGCAGGAACAGGAAACAAAGCUGGGCCAAUGGGAACCAAUACUUGCGAAAUUGAAGAUUCUACCAGGAGGUUGCAUGUUACUAUUUUUUCUCGCCACUUCCCAAGCACAACGUGAAUGCUAUGUGUGUAAGAAAAGAGGAAGCUAAUCUAUUGAUCCAGUGUGCUAUUCAGAGAGAUGGACAUUUCUGCAAAAUAUGGACAUCCACAUCAUAUGAUGAAUGACUAUUUUAAAAGAUAGAUCAAAAUUAUUUGCAGUUUGCUAGAUAUUUAUUAAACUUUUUAUUAUGAAGACGCACCACAGGCUGCAAGUUGCAGUCCUUUUUAUGGUGAAACUGUGGUUCGAGGUAAUGUAAUUUAUUCUGGACUUAUGAAAUUCACUUAGUACAGAGAGGCCCACAUAGGAUCCUUUACGUAACUUGAGAGGAGGGGGAAGUUUUGGUUUGUUAUUUGCUUCUUUGUUAUUUCUAAAAAAGGGCUGAAAUAUUUUCUCUUUUAAAUUCCUAUAUCAUGUUUACAUUAGCCAUUGUGAUGUUCUCCUUGGGAAAGGAACGUCUCUUCUGCGACGCUGCUGUGUAUUUGUUCCCUUUGCAGCCAGCAGAUUGAGUAGUACCUGUGAGUGUCUAGAGGGAAGGACUGGACACAGUAGACACUGUGGAACUGAAGUUCAUUGAAUGUUCCCUGCAAGGCACGAUUUAUCCUACAGCAAUUUCCAGGUUUAGACAGGAGUAUCCUGAUCAGGUGGACAGAUGAGUGCAGCGGGAUGUUCUCGCACAGUUUAGGCUCCAGCAAAGCUCCCUUUCAUGAAGACAAAGCAGUAACGAUACUUGCUUCUGAUUCUGGGGAAUCUGAGAGAAGCAUCAAAGACUUUUAGUCUGGGAUUUUUGUAAGAGGGUAAGGGCUUGAUUAAAAGGUAAAUGAACUCAAUGGGAGACCUUCUAUUGACUGCCAUGGGCUAUGAGCCAUGCCUCAUGGGAGCCCCUUUGAAGGGACCAGCACUGGGUCUGAUCUAUAUUGCAGACCUAUUGCAGUAUAACUAUGUUGUUCGAGGAUGUGAAAAAUGCACACCCCUCAGCAGCAUGGUUUCUCCACUUCCCUGAGAGACAGAGGCCUGCUGACCAGGCGGAAGGGAGAGAUGGGGGGAAGGGGCCAAUUUCCCCAGGUACCAGCAAUUCACUCUACUGUGGCAGUGGCAGCUGGAGUUCCCAGGCCUUUUAAAUCGCCACUGGAGUGCCACACCACAGGCUCCGGGUGGCUCCGAGGGCUGGUGACAGCACAUUCCAGGCAGGGCUCUGGGCUGGCUGCCCCGGCCCCGCCCCUUCUACCUAAAGCCCUGCCCCUUCUGGGAGCAUGGAGCAGGACCUCCCACACUUCGCCCAGGGAGCUCUCUCCGAGCAGCACAGAGCAUCUUCAUUAAAGCGCUGCAUCUGGACCAAUGCAGCUGUUUAAAUGUAGACUUGCCCUAGAGCUUGUGUACCUGGAAAACUAUAGUGAACGCCAGAUGUGUAACAACAUCACAAGAGUGCAACAGUUAAACUGAAUAGAAAAUAAAAUAUUUUUUUUAAAGGACAACAAAACCCAUAAACAGUUUAGGCCUUGUUGCAUCAUCACAAAAGCAGUUACAAUUCUAAUUUUAAAAAAAAAUUCUCUCCUUGUCAUCUUUAAAUCCCAUUUAGACUUCAAUUGAGCAUUUAAACACAUGCUUAAUUUUGCAAGUAAUCCAAUUAAAGUAGAUGAGCGUAUUGAUCCCUCUUUAAGAGCUUAAGUAAUUCUAAACCUCUGUUAGGAUCCUUGUUCAAGUCCUCUGUACUAGGGUGAAUUUCACCCUGACAACUCAAUAGAACACAGGGAAUUCGAAGGACAUCCACAUGGGUGCUUGAUUCUAUGUCAAGGCAUUAAGGGAAAAGAUACUAAUAGCUUUUUUAAUUUUUCAAAUGAUUUAAAGAGGAGGGAAAAUUCUUAUCUAAUUUCCAAUAUAGAAGUUUUUGAGGACGAGGGAUGGUUGAGUGUUACGCCGAGGAAGAAGUAUAUUCCUACAUUUAUUAAACAUCUUGAAGAGAAUUUUUUACAUAAAUCUUUAUGCUUUCAAACAAUAAAUUUCCUACCUUUUUGAGAUUUCUUAAUAAUUAAAAUCAUUUUAUUAGAUAUGAUAGAGGUAGAAAAUCACAUUAAAGAAAACAUUCUGUCUCAAUGUGUCAUACUAAGUGCUUAUUAAUUUACCCCUUUUAUAGUCAAUGUAUUUCCAAGUGCAAUUCCCCAGAAUUGCUUCCUAUUGUGUUAAUUAAGUAAGAGUUAGAAAUUAGUCCACAUUUGUGCUUGCUGUAGUUUUAAAAACCCAUUCCUUUUCAAAUCAAGAGUUAGAGGUAGGUUGUCUUUUGACACUCGUGGCCAUUAAAAAGAAGGCUGACAGUGAGAAGUGUGGUUCAGGUUGUUGUUUUUUUUAAAAAAAUCACCUUCUUCCAGUGACUGAAAACAAAAACUGAUUCAGGUUGACAUAAGAGCCUUUUUUCUAAAGUGUGAGUCAAUCGUGUGGAACCAUACAUGUAUAUUUGUACAGUACAGCUACACUGUGUCCACAGGACCUCUCUGCUUCAGGGGACACUUCUUAGCAACACAACUGUCCUAGCUUUUGUUUUUAUACACAUCACUAUCUGUUAGAACCUGAGCUGUUUUGCCAAUUUGUGGCAUUAUUUAGAUCUCCAUUUUCUGAGCACAGGGGAACUGUAUUCUGGGUAUGUAAUCCUGGAGUUUUUUCGGUGACAGUCUGCAACCCAUAUCGACAUUGAGUAGAGUUGUUUGGAAAAUGGAAUUCCAACAGGGGGGAACCAUAGUGCGUCAUGGUAGUCUGGCAAGGGAGCAAAUCUCAUAUGGGAGAACAGGAGCAUAAAAAACCUGGGACUCCAACACCCAUGAGUUACUAGGAUGUAUUGGGCCGAUAUAGAGCUUUUAUUUCAGGUUGAUAUUAAUGUUUCUCUUUGGAUCAUUUAAUUUAGAUUUUCCUGUGAAAAACGUUGAUUAAGGGUUUGGAACUGCUUCCAUAUAAGGAGAGGAUGAAAAGACUGGAACUGUUCAGUUUAGAAAAGAAAUGAUUGCAUGUGGCAGUGAUACAAUACAUGUCUAUAGAAUCAUUAGUGUUGUGCAGAAAGUGAAUAAUGAAGUAUUAUUUACCCCUUCACAUGACAAGAAACAGAGGUCACACAAUGAAAUUAAUAAGCCACAGGUUUAAAAUAA